AUGACAAGCCUUUCGAGGUUUAGUGGCUGCCCUCUCUCUUGCGUCAACCCCGGGGAGAGCAAUACUGAACCCAGCGUGGUGCUGCCACCUUUGGCAGGAGAGCACAUGGGACACCCCACUGGCAGUUCCUUAAAACUCUGCCCCUCGCACAAUUUGCGAGACUACCCCGAGACGAGGUCCAGUGCAUAUGUUGACCAUUCGGUUCCCAAUUUUUCAGACUCUGGAUACCCCAGCAGCCACCGGUUAGAGCACAGCCCAAGGGGCAUUAUCAUUGGAGCCAAUCUUACUGGAGCCGGCAUGCCACCCGUCACUGAUCAACUGGCAUCAAGAGCUAACCAACAUGGCGGGAUUGGAAGGUAUCGUGACUUUCCCGGCUGCAGAGAUAACAGAAGCCAUGCUUUUUUCACAAGUUAUCAGGAGCAGGCCCAUGGCUCCAGCGACGCUACUCGAGAUCUCGGCAGCCAGAUGAUGCUGGGUCUACCUGGCGACCUCCUCACCCGGACUCACCCUUAUGGCCAAACUAUCAGCCCCAAGGGAAACAGCCAGCAACUUGUCACCCAAUUCCUGGGUCUGUACAAGCCCCUGAACAUGGCAAUUCAGCGUGGAGGAGGCGACGCUUUCCUCAGGUGCUCAAAACAAACAGUGAAGCAUGAGUUGGUGUGCAAGUGGAGUGACGGCCAAGAGGGGGCUGGGAAGCUGCCUUGCUCCAGAGCCUUCGGGACCAUGUAUGAACUUGUCACCCAUGUGACAGUGGAGCAUGUCGGAGGACCAGAGCACUCUGAAUAUGUGUGUCACUGGGAGAAUUGUGCGAGGGACAGGAAGCCUUUCAAAGCCAAAUACAAGCUGGUGAACCACGUCAGAGUCCACACAGGGGAAAAGCCCUUUCCCUGCCCCUUUCACGGCUGUGAGAAAGUUUUUGCAAGAUCAGAAAAUCUAAAGAUCCACAAGAGGACUCACACAGGUGAAAAACCUUUUAAAUGUGAGUUCGAGGGCUGCAACCGGAGGUUUGCGAACAGCAGCGACAGAAAGAAGCAUUCUCACGUGCACUCCAGUGAUAAACCCUACAUGUGCAAGGUCAGGGGCUGCGACAAGUGUUACACCCACCCAAGCUCCCUGCGAAAGCAUAUGAAGCUCCACUGCAACAAGGCCCACGUAGCCAAAAGCGGCGACGCGCGUCCUGGUGACGGGGGUCACAUUGCGGAGACCAGGUCAACCCGAGUCCCGGAUGGAGGCCCGAUCAGCCCCCCUCAACCCCCCACCUCAACCCAAGAAGUCCCCCUGUCCCCAGAGAGUCGAGACGAGUCGACCCCGAGGUCACGUUUCCAUCACACGUUUGACAGCAGUUUGGACUACUCCCCACACAGGUCACAGCCCCUCUUGGACCCUUUGUUACUACAGAGAGGCAGCUACAGGUCCCAGUCCUCCCAGUACCCCUGUGGCCAGACAGGUCACACUUUUGCCCAGAGCUCGAGGACUUUCCCCUCCACCUCUCCGUUUCAGAAAAGUAUUGUGAAUGGAUGGUACACAUGCCACAGCGGCGUGGACUCUUUCCCACCAAAGCAGUGUAAUAACAUUCCGUCUCUCUGAGUUCCUGUUGGGACCCAAUUUUUUUGGGCCUAUAUUUUCAUGUUAUAGCCUAAGCUGUAUCUCUAUUACUAUCUGUAUGUUUGUGAAUGUUGUAUGAAAUAUUUAGUAACACGUCCUGAGUCAUCCUAUUGAAAUUUUGCAUUGCGAAAUGUGGCGAGCUUUAUCUGUUGUCGUGAGGCCUGUUCGGUCGGGUUUGGCUCGUAGCUGCAUCUCCCCACAGUGGGUUAUAGGAACUUUUUACAAAGUGUAUAUGCCUAAUUGUUCGCCGUGUUGCAUAACUAUUAAAGAUAUCUAUCUUAAGAGACAAAAAAUGACAAAGGAUUUUAUGGAAAUCUGCGUGUUUGGUCCUCUGAACUUAUAGGCUAUUACUGGAAAGUAAGUCUUGCUGAAUGUAGCCCUACGUAUAGGGGUCUUUGUUGAAUGUAAAUUAGGUGUAAUGUAUGUCGGGGAAGUAUAGAAACAUUAUUCAUGUCUUUAUGUAUUUCGCAAGAUGAAAUAAAUAUCUGAAAUA